UUAGCGUCCUCCUUACAACCCAUACUGACCAACGAGUUUUGAGUGCCCGUCAUGUCAGAGUUGGACGACUACGAUGAGGAAAUGCAAGAGGUGCUUGAGCAGAUUGAGAAUGUGUUGGGGAAGGAACUACCAAGACUGAAAGGGCAGGAGCGUAUGGAGAAAUGUAGCUACCUCAAAAACCGGCUAAACCGCGCCAAAAAACUACACAGAACCCUCCUCGUCGAAAUCCGCGAACUUCCCCCUCCAACAACCACCUGGGAUCAAAAAGCCAAAGCCUACGAGCAGAAAAUCGCCCAACUAACGCAAGAUGUCCAAUGGGCCGAAACAACCGCCCAAACCGAUGAUCUGAAGCAAAAAAAAACUAUCGACGAUAUGUCGAAUAAAGAAAUCACUCAAACCGCAAUUCAAAUCCAGGAGCAGACCCAGCAGUCGACGGCAAGGACGAAACGUAUUGUGGAGGAAACGUUGGAGAUGGGAUUGGCUGUUAAAGAUGAAGUUUUGAAACAGGGAAAUCAGAUGUCCAAGAUUCAGGAAGAUCUUGCGACGGUGGAAAGUAAUCUCAAACGAGCCGAAAAGCAAUUGCGUGUGUUUUUGAGACGAAUGGCGACCGAUAAGAUCUUCAUCGUGUUUAUUUUGUUGAUUGUUGUGCUAGUGGUUGUGGCGAUUGUACUCUACGUGCUCAAAACCAAGGGGAUUAUUGAUAUUGGCAAAGGCGGAAUUACACUAACAGGCAAAUCCAUAACAGGAGAAUCCGCGGGAGCAACCUCAUGAGAAGAAUAAGAAAGGAGUAUAGGAGGAUCAGAACGGGAGACGCAGUCAAGCGUUUGGGUCUUAUCCAAUUGGAGUAUUUUUCACAUUCGCGUGUAUAUCAUAGUGUUUAAUGAUUUUCAAUAUGGUGCUUUGAAUCGUAGUCGCCAUCCCUCAAUGAAAUUCUAUGUACAAU